UUUGUUUAGUAACAUUUUCCACUGCAAAACAGACAGAUGACAUAGACUAAUGUAAUUUGCAUUAAUUUUAAUAAUUUCACCAAGCACAAAUCUUUAUUACUUGCCAAAGCGAAAGUUAUUGACGAGUUGCUCACUCGUGCGGCGGUCUACAGAGCAACUUUCAUACAUCGAAUUUCAUUUUAGCUGUGCUUCAAUUGGCAACAAAAUGCGUCCUUUCAAUGGCGGAGAUUGCCUGAAGCCCGUCGGGGGCUGCAUCAACCGCGCUUUCGGUAACAAGGAGCCGUGGCAGAUCGCAGCAAUUACGGCAACGACUGUGUUGGGCGUUGUUUGGAUCUGGACAGAGCUAAGCAAGGAUGAAGGUUUCUAUGUGCGCGGUAAGCGUCAGUUCUUUAGGUUGGCCAAAAAAAUACCGGCUGCACGCAGGCUCGUAGAGGCGGAGCUAAAGAAAGUUAAGGACGAUUUUGAGUCGGAUAUUAAGAAGAGCAACCAGCAUCUAGAAUAUUCGAUACGUCUGCCCGAGAAAGGCUUAUCGAAGGAGCAGAUUCUCGAGCUUGUGGAUGAGCAUCUCAGGACUGGUCACUAUAGCUGGCGUGAUGGGCGUGUUUCGGGCGCUGUUUACGGCUACAGUCCGGAGCUUGUGGAGCUGGUAAAAGAGGUCUAUGGCAAGGCUUCCUACACGAAUCCUCUCCAUGCCGAUCUAUUCCCAGGUGUGUGCAAAAUGGAAGCCGAAGUGGUGCGCAUGGCCUGCACGUUAUUCCACGGCAAUGCUAACAGCUGUGGUACAAUGACCACCGGCGGCACGGAGUCCAUUUGCAUGGCUAUGAAGGCGUAUCGAGACUAUGCACGUGAGAACAAGGGCAUCACAAGGCCCAACAUUGUGGUUCCUCGCACUGUGCAUGCGGCCUUCGACAAGGGUGGCCAGUACUUUAAUAUACAUGUGCGUUACGUUGAUGUCGAUCCGGAGACGUAUGAAGUCGAUAUUAAGAAGUUCAAGCGUGCCAUUAAUUGCAACACCAUUCUGCUUGUUGGCUCUGCGCCCAAUUUCCCAUAUGGUACUAUUGAUGAUAUCGAAGCUAUUGCUGCUUUGGGUGUCAAGUACAAUAUACCUGUACAUGUGGACGCAUGUCUGGGCAGCUUUGUCGUUGCUCUGAUACGCCAUGCUGGCUAUCAGCUACGACCCUUCGACUUUGCAGUGAAGGGCGUAACUAGUAUCUCGGCCGAUACGCAUAAAUAUGGUUUUGCACCCAAGGGCUCGUCGGUCAUAAUGUAUUCGGAAAAGAAGUUCAAGGAUCAUCAAUUCACGGUCACAACAGAUUGGCCUGGUGGCGUUUACGGUUCACCCACAGUGAACGGGUCUCGUGCUGGCGGCAUCAUCGCUGCCUGCUGGGCAACAAUGAUGAACUUUGGCUAUGAAGGUUACCUGGAAGCAACCAAACGCAUUGUGGACACAGCUCGCUACAUCGAGAGGGGCGUGCGCCAAAUCGAUGGCAUCUUCAUCUUUGGCAAGCCAGCUACGUCUGUUAUUGCCAUGGGCUCAAAUGUAUUUGAUAUUUUCCGACUCUCAGAUGCUCUAUGUAAACAGGGCUGGAAUCUAAACGCACUCCAAUUCCCCUCUGGCAUUCAUAUCUGCAUCACGGACAUGCACACAAAUCCAGGCGUCGCAGAUAAGUUUUUGGCCGAUUUGCGCACCUGCACGGCAGAGAUUAUGAAGAAUCCUGGCCAGCCGGUGGUUGGCAAAAUGGCUCUAUAUGGCAAAGCCCAGAGCAUACCCGAUCGUUCGGUCAUUGGCGACGUCACACGCCUGUUCCUACACUCCAUGUACUACACGCCUGAAAAGUGAGAUAGACGGCGCUACUGCAGUGCACGUGUAUUUUCCUAGUGCAAUAUUCCAUACCACCACCCAUACCCGAUACUUGUUGCUGUUAUUGUUCCCACUCGAAGUAUCUAUUUAGCAUUUAAUAACAAUGCAUCAAUAUCUUAUUGUAACUAGGGUACAAAGUGUUUGUUAAUGAAAUUUAUUGAUAUCAAUGUCUGUGUACAUGCGUAACUGUCUGAGAAACUAACGACGAUGUUAACUAUGAAGUGCUUAUUUUAUACUUAUUAAAUUUUUCUAUAUAA